AUGGCUCCCAAGGGCGGUAACGCAAAGAAGGAAGGCGGCCGGGCCAAGAAGGCUGAGAACGAGGAAAAGAAGCAAGCGGCUGCUAGUAAGGCCAAAGAGGCCAAGGAGGCCGACGAAUGGAAGUCUGGUGCCAAGGGUAGCUCGAAGGCUGAUGCUGCUGCUGCCAAGGCUGCUGAAGCAGCUCGAAAGAAGGCCGAGAAAGACGCCCUCAUCGCCGCGGAAGAAGCCUCUCUUCCCAACAAGGGCAAGGCCGCCCCCAAAGCUGGCGCCAAGAAGAAGAACAAUGACAAGCUUACACCGACUGGUCUCGGCGUGGCCGGCUACGCUAUCAACGACCCAUUAGGGUUGAGGAAGCCGAAGGGCGUGGAAGAGGAGGAGACGAAGGAGCUGAGUGCGAAGGGCCUGGAUGAGAUGUUGGACGCCAUGGAGAUUGUCAACCAAAAGACGGAUAAGGCUGCUGUCGGUGCCAAGGCCGAAAUCAUGAUUGACGCCCAUCCCGAAAGGAGAUUCAAGGCUGCAUUCGAGGCCUACCUUGAACGUGAAAUGCCCAUCCUCAAGGAUGAGCACAAGGGGUUGCGCCAGAAUCAGAUGCGCGACAUCCUCUACAAGCAGUUCCAAAAGUCUCCGGACAACCCUUUCAACCAAGCCAAGAUUGCAUACAAUGCUACUAGGGAGGAGAAGGUGGAAGCCUACAAGGGUAUGAUGGAAUCGCGUGAGGCCAAAUUGUCGAGGUUUGACUAG